AUGUCAUCAUCGGAGCAACAAAUAUCCACCCCAUCACCUCCCAAGAAAAGUAAACAAGAAGAAAAAUUACAGAAAAUCCGAGAAAGUAGAACUCUUGAAUUUAUUCGUCCUCAUCGGUGCGAUAUUCGUUUGGAAGAAUUCUAUGCUGGAACGUGGGCAACAUUUAAUCCACUUGUAUCUUUUAAAUUAUUUUCAACCUAUGUAAAAUGUUUACGUUCCGAAGUUGGACAGGAGCCCACCACUCCACUUCAUUACAUUAGUGAUGAUGCCUAUAAUAUUUACAAAAAAGUCUAUCAAGAUGGAAGAGUGAGGGGAAAGUUUUUUCAAAAUACUGAAACUACAAUGGCAAAAGAAAGGAUAGCCCAAAAACAACAGCAACAAACAACACUAUCCACGUCAGCGACGACUAGGAAUAACUUUGAAAAUUCAUCCAUGACGGAAACAAACACACCUCAGAACACGAGUCAAACUACCAUUACGCAACAGCCAACUCUGACCUUACCUGAAUUGCAAAGAUUAAAGAAGAAGUAA